UUUCCCUGCAAGGCCGCAACCCCCUCUCCCUCCCUCCCUCUCUCUCUCUCUCUCUCUAUCUCCGAUUUCUAAGCAGGACAAAGGUUUCUUUGUGGAACAUUUCUUCUCACUGGACUGUUUAUCGUUAAUUAAAUUAAACUCUGCUACACCCAAAGAAAGAAGGGCACAGGAUCUCGUUGAGAUGCAAGGUGGAUCCACUGGAGUUGGUUAUGGCCUCAAAUAUCAGGCAAGAUGCAUUACCGACAUCAAAGCCGAUCGUGUUCAUACCUCCUUCCUUGCGGGCACUCUUAGUCUCAAAGAGGAGAACGAGGUCCAUCUGAUCCAGCUCUCGCCAUCUGGUACAGAGCUAAAUUGUGAGGGUUUGUUCUACCAUCCUCACGAGAUCUGGCAUCUCGCUGAUUGUCCCUUCAACCCUCGCAUUUUCUCGACUGUCUAUGCAUCAGGAGGAACAUAUGGUGCGGCUCUCUGGGAGAUCCCUGAGUUGUACAACCAAUCUAAUGCUCCUCAAUUGGAACAACUUGUUUCCCUUGACGCACACAAUGGAAAAAUCAAAUGCAUUAUUUGGUGGCCUUUGGGGAUGCAUGACAAAGUUAUUGGAAUUGAUGAGGAGAAUCUAGUUGUAUGGAGCUUAGACACCUCAGCAAAGUCUGCGAAGGUUCAUUCACAGGAAUCUGUCGAUAUGCCACAUUAUUUUUCUGGGGGUGCCUGGGAUCCGCAUGACCAAAACUCUCUUGCAACAACAUGUGAAUCAGCAAUUCAGUGCUGGGAUUUACGCACGAUGAAGAAGACAAUUUCCAUUGAGCAUGCCAAUGUUCGCAGUGCAGAUUAUAACCCAAACAAGCAGCACUUAGUUGUCACUGCAGAAGAUGAAUCUGGCUUACGCAUAUGGGAUUUUCGGAUGCCUAAGGUUCCAGUUAGAGAGAUUUCAGGGCAUGCACAUUGGACUUGGUCUGUGCAGCAUAAUCCCAAAUAUGAUGAGUUGAUUUUGAGUGCUGGAACUGACUCUGCAGUAAACUUGUGGUUGGCUUCUUCCAAUAAUGGGGAGGGUCCCACUUCAGAAAGUUUAUUGGAGCCCCCAACUCGACACAUAGAUCCCUUGAUACAUUCUUACAAUGACUACGAAGACAGUGUUUAUGGCCUCGCAUGGAGCUCUAAAGACCCGUCAGUUUUUGCCUCUAUAUCUUAUGAUGGGAGGGUGGUGGUGGAAUCUGUGAAACCUCACAUUCCAAAAAGAUGAAACCCUAUGUUCUAUGGCUUUGAGUUCAGAACUUUGAUACAUACUCAUAGAAUUUCAUGUUUCUCUUGAAGAGGUUGGUAACGGGAUUCUUAAAGAUAAUCAUCUGGAGCUGUCAGCAUUGCAAUUGUCUAGAUUUACAUGAGGGUUUGUGCAUGGAGGAGUUUCUGGAAAAAAAUUAGGAGUGUUUAUCAUGACCACCUUGAUUACUUGGUGAUUGAGAUGGCAAGUAGGUUUGUAUGAACAAUAUAGGUUAAUACUUCACUGCAAUAAAUUGGAGAUUGGCGCAUAGCUUUGUGUUACAAUAUUGUUUAGGUCGCCAAGUUUGGUCUCUCA